CUUUCCGUGUGCCGGUGCCUCUGCAGGGCGGGCGCGGGCCGGGCCACAGCGCGCACGGGGGGCGGCAGCGCCGGGCUGGCUCCCCCUUCCCCUCCGGCCGCAGGAAGAUGGAGCUCGGGUAGCCAGGGCUUGCGGGAGGAGCGGCGGGAGCAGGUAAGACAGUGAGGUCUUUAACUGCUCCAGAAGAGUGUCUGGAAAGAAAAUGUCUCUGGCAAAUAUGUACCAGGCACAUGAUACUGCAGAGCUCCAAAAUCAGAAGUAAAGCAGCUGGACAGUUGCCUCCUGUCUUCCUAAAUAGGCAAACACAUUAGGAACAGAAAAGGGGGCCUACCUACCUCAUUCCUGGAGAAGGUGGGUUUACCAGUGUUGGAUGCCUGCCUCAUUUGCUUCACCAAAAUGAGUUAGGACAUGCAGGAGAGAAGGGAGAUUUCUGCAAGUAGAACCUAUCAUGAUUUCUCAGGGGACAAAAUUUUGCUUAUUCAUACCUUCUACUGUGGCAAAAAUGGAUUAUUUUCCUCACCAAAAACCAGCAGCAUAACACCCAUCCAACACCUGCCUCAAGGAACUCUUAUUUAAAGUCUAUUUUUAUUUCUCUGUAGCUGUGGUGCAAUCAAGAGCCAACCAACAUCAUCUGCUGCCAGUAGGAACUCUCCAUGUCAGUCCUUACCCUUGGCACAGGAUAAAGUUGCAACUGAGCCUAUGAGGAGGAAUUAACAGGAAAAAUCCACUUCAUGUUCAGAGAUGGAUUCCUUGUAGCCCACCAGCGAGUCCUGCUGCUGCUGCAUGUCUGGCAGCACCUCUGGAUGAGCACAUGACUCUUGAUAUGGAUGCAGUCCUGUCAGACUUUGUUCGGUCCACAGGGGCAGAGCCAGGUCUGGCAAGAGACUUACUGGAAGGCAAGAACUGGGACCUGUCAGCAGCACUGAGUGACUACGAGCAGCUGCGCCAGGUGCACACGGCCAACCUGCCCCAGGUGUUCAACGAGGGCAGGCACUGCCGGCAGGACGAGCAGCCCCCCCGGGAGCGGCCCUGCCUGCAGAGGCAGGAUGACAUCGCCCAAGAAAAGCGUCUUUCCAGAGGUAUUUCCCAUGCCAGCUCAGCCAUAGUCUCCCUCGCUCGAUCCCAUGUAGCAAAUGACUGCAGCAAUGAGCAGUUUCCUUUGGAGAUGCCCAUCUACACAUUCCAACUGCCAGACCUCAGUGUGUACAGUGAGGACUUCAGGAGCUUCAUUGAGCGCGACCUGAUCGAGCAGGCGACGAUGGUGGCCUUGGAGCAAGCAGGCCGACUCAACUGGUGGUCCACGGUGUGCACGAGCUGCAAACGCCUGCUGCCCCUGGCCACCACGGGAGAUGGGAACUGCCUCCUGCACGCUGCCUCUCUGGGGAUGUGGGGAUUCCACGACCGGGACCUGGUUCUGCGGAAAGCGCUCUACACGAUGAUGAGGAGCGGGGCUGAGAGGGAAGCACUCAAAAGGAGGUGGAGAUGGCAACAGACCCAGCAGAAUAAGGAGUCAGGUCUGGUGUACACAGAGGAGGAGUGGGAACGGGAGUGGAACGAGCUGCUCAAGCUGGCGUCGAGUGAGCCCCGGACACACUUCAGCAAGAACGGAGGCACCGGUGGGGGAGUGGAUAAUGCAGAAGACCCCGUGUAUGAGAGCCUGGAAGAGUUCCACGUGUUUGUCUUAGCCCACAUUUUGAGAAGACCCAUUGUUGUGGUAGCAGACACGAUGCUGCGAGACUCAGGGGGGGAAGCCUUUGCGCCGAUACCGUUUGGAGGGAUUUAUUUGCCCCUGGAAGUUCUCCCGAACAGGUGCCACUGCUCACCUCUUGUGCUGGCCUAUGAUCAGGCCCAUUUCUCAGCUCUGGUUUCCAUGGAACAAAAAGACCAACAGAGAGAACAAGCCGUGAUUCCCCUGACUGACUCUGAACACAAGUUACUGCCUUUGCACUUUGCGGUCGAUCCUGGGAAAGACUGGGAGUGGGGAAAAGAUGACAAUGAUAACACCAGACUGGCCAAUUUGAUUUUGUCUCUUGAGGCAAAGCUUAACCUUCUGCACAGCUACAUGAAUGUAACGUGGAUACGCAUCCCGUCCGAGACACGGCAGGCCCCUUUGGCUCAACCAGAAUCCCCUACAGCUUCAGCUGGGGAAGAUGUGCAGUCUCUGGCUGACUCAAUGGACUCGGACCGAGAUUCCAUCUGCAGUAAUUCCAAUGGCAAUAAUGGCAAAAACAGUAAAGAAAAAGAAAAGGACAAACAAAGGAAAGAUAAAGACAAAACCAGGACGGAUUCAGUUGCCAAUAAAAUAGGAAGCCUCAGUAAAACCCUGGGAAUUAAACUGAAAAAGAACAUGGGUGGCCUUGGAGGGCUGGUGCACGGCAAAAUGAGCAGAGCCAAUUCAGGGAAUGGAAAAAACGGGGACACGGUGGAGAAGGUCAAAGAGAAGAAGUCAAAGUCUCGGAAGGGGAGCAAGGAGGAGUCGGGGCAGUCUGCGAGCACGUCCCCGUCCGAGAAGACCACCCCAUCUCCCACGGACAGAGCCAGCAGCUCCCCCACGGACAAGGGCAGCGCCAAGCCCUGCUCUGACAAGCAGGCUGACGCCUGGAAGUACAGCACUGACGUGAAACUCAGCCUGAACAUCCUGAGAGCUGCCAUGCAGGGCGAGCGCAAGUUCAUUUUCGCUGGCCUGCUUUUGACCAGUCACAGGCAUCAGUUCCACGAGGAGAUGAUAGGUUACUACCUGACCAGCGCCCAGGAGCGUUUCAACGCGGAGCAGGAACAGAAAAGAAAGGAAGCUGAGAAGAAGGCCGCACUGAAUGGCUCAUCUAGCAGGAAACUGGAGCCAGAAGCGUAUUCAAAAGAAAAACUGGAAACAUCUCCUCAGGAUAGGGCAUCACCCGUCUUACCUCAAAGCCAUAUGACCCAGCUGGUUUUAAAGUUCAAAGAUCGCACUAGCCCCACCCCAGGGCCGUUCUCCUCCCCCAGCAGCGGUGCCAAGAGGAGCGGCCCCAUCCCCGUAUCUGCCCACUACAGCCAUACCCCCCCUGUCCAAAGGCAGAGUGUCAUCCAUCUGCAUGACGUCAACUCCAAGCCAUCGAGCUUCCAAGACGACACCUACAAGCCAGUGGUGGGCACCCUGAAGACCUGUGCCACCUACCCCCAGCAGAACAGGUCCCUGUCCUCCCAGAGCUACAGCCCGGCCCGGCUGCCCGGGAUCCGCACGGUGAACACGGUGGAGUCGCUGAGCUUCGCCCUGCCCGCCGAGCACAAGUCCCAGACCUACACGAACGGCUUCGGCACCGGGGACAUCAGAGACUGCCUGGAGUUUGCUGACGAGGACGCUCCCCAGACCUGGCUCAACAACGACAAAAACCAAGGCAGAAGCACAGUUUGCCCGAUCUACUCCAUCCAGCAGAACCGCUGUAAGAAGGAGAACUGCUCCUUUUACGGUCGUCCUGAGACUGACAAUUACUGUUCCUACUGCUACAAGGAGGAGCUGAAGCGCAGGGAGAGGGACAGCAAGGGACACAGGCAUUGAGGAUUCUUCCUGACUACUUAGUUUUACCAUUUUCUUACUUACAAAGUAAACAGUGUUGGAUUGCAGUAAAAGGAAUCCUUAAAACAAGAAUAAAGGAUUGAUGAGUAAAUAGUGUCUAGCUUUUCGCUUUUCCGGGGCAAUGAGGAAACAAUAGGAUUAAUUUAUCAUAAAAAAUUAUUAUUUUCCAUUUUGUCAGUGUCUUUUUUACAUAUACUGGUAAGCUGAAGGGUUGUUUACUCCUUUGUCAGUGCUGUGUAUAUGUUUGGUCAAAAAUUUACUAAUGGUGCCUGAAUUUACACUGACAUCACUCAGGUAGUAGAAUGAUAGGGGCAAGUCAUAAUAACAGAGAUGUGGUGGUGUGCUAGGGUAGUGUCUGCCUUGCAGACCUUGAAAUGAUAGAGCUAUUAUGUGAGAGUAUUUUUUCCUCAGUAAAACCUAAAUUUUUCAUAGCCUUUUUUUUUUCAGGAGGGUUAGUGAUUUUGCAUACUGCACAUUUUUAACAUGGCAGCAGAUUGCAUUGUUUCUGAUGUUUGUACUUACUUCAGUCUGAAAUGCAAUGAUUCUGGAGAAAGGGGAGUGAAAGGUCUGAAUUCAUGAGGGCUGUAGCUCUUCCUAAUUUUAAGUUCUUACCAAUUAUUUCUACAUUUCCAUAAAAAAAAAAAAAGUAGAUUUGAACCACUUUUAUUUGCACUGAAUUUUUAAACAAGUUUUAUAAAAAAAUUCACUCUGACUUUCAAGACUUCAUGUCCCAAAACCCCCACAAUAGCAUAGUUUUGGGCACCUGAAUUUCAAAAGUAUUUUCAUUGCUGUUAAAACGCAGAGAAAUAUUAAAAUAAAAUUAAAAUAUAAAAAAUUUAGUACAUUUGGAAAAUCUGAUGACCAGCUAGGAAAUUUGGGAUCAUUUUAGAUCUGAAUGAACUGCUUGUCAAAACAAAUGUAAUGCAUCAACUUACUGCUUUAGCUAGUGCAUGAACCUAGUCAUUAAUUAUUUAUUCCUUUCUCAACAUCACUGGGUGAUAAUUAUUGCAAGCCUCGCUGCGUGAGCCUUUCUUGAAGACUGUUGGCUCCACCUAUUUCCGAGUCUUCUCAGAGUGAGUCAUCUCCGCCCAGGAGGUUCCCAGAUGGCUGUGAAAUACCUCCAGCAGGAAUGGCAGCUCCGAGCACAGAUUUGCACAAGCCUGAUAUCCAAAUAUUUACAGAAGUAUUUGCAAUACUUCUGAAAAUAAAACUUAGCGCACAGAAACGUUUCUGUAAAGAGAUGCUGGUGAAGUAGAUGAAUGGCAUGAGAAGGUUUUCUGGAAGGUUUUGCACCUCCUCCAUCAGUGGCACAGUGCAGUAACGAGCUCAGUGGCUCAUUCCCUCUCCCCUCACACACGGGGCUUUCAGAAGAGCUAAUUUUCCACCAGCAGGUGAAGCACUGCCUUCAGGACUUCCUCUGCCACCCAAAGGUGCAGAACGUGAGUUCUGCCUUCCUCACUGUGGAAUGGCACUUUUCUGGCCCUCGCAGGAAAGAUCCUUUGCCAAAGAGUCUUUGUUUCUGAUUCUUUUUCUGCUGUACCCCAGUUUUUGCUCUGGACCUGGAUGGCAUCAUUUCACUUGCAUACAGGUAACCCUAACUGACCCUGAAACCAAGCCUAAAGUCAUCUGCAAAACAGGAUGCACAAAGUGCUGCUGCCACGUGCUGGCUUUGAGGAAAAGCACGUGAGCUUUCUCUAAUGUCCUACCAAAACUGAGCAUAUACUAAAACCGACUGUAUUUUUAGGUUUUCUGCUGAAUGGGAGAUCUCAAAAUAAGUCCCUUAACCAGUCCUAAAAAGUGAGGGUCUUUGCCAUGAAUCCAGACCUGUACUUACUAUUCCUUGCUGUAUUCUGGGCAUACACUGAGUCUCACUGACCUUGCCUUCCUUCCUGAAGGGGAAGCAGUGCUUUGUGUUAGAGCUCCGUGGGACUCCUGUCCCCAAGGUAAGCACGUCCCACACCCCUGUCUCCUGCUGCACACCCUGGGGAGCAGUGCCCUGUUUGGUUUGCUCUUGUGAUUACACCUAAGUUCUAAUUGUCAGAGAAAACUGGGAUUGCAGAUUAUGCUAAAACAAGCCAGAUAAUGGAAAAAGAAAUCAAUAUUAUUAUACUUGAUUGUAUUUGCUGCUGAGACUGAGAAAACUGGCAGGAUAAAACUUCAUGAAAGCCAGAAAUAUUUAAGAAUUCUUAGGGCAUUAGAGUAGCAGUAGCAUUUGAUGCUCUGAGAAUCACUUCUGUGUAAAGCUGUGCUUUAGAAAUACAUUAUCAGCAACCCCCACCAGCCUGUGUGUUUGAGUGAGUUGUAUCUUUUCAAUGAGGAAAAAAGUAACAGCACAUGGGUAAAAAUAAGCAAUUACCAUGACAAUUCACUGUUUCCUAUUUUUUAAGGGACUUGUUUCUAUAGUAUGUUUUUAAGAUCUCCUACUCGUAAAAGAAAGAGAUUUACAACUGGUCAGCAUGUAGAUAAAUUACUCUGUUCUAAAUUGUUGAAUACAUUAUACCUGUGUGUCAGCUUGUGUUGAAAAAUCAAUUGGUCUUCUGAAUAAUACCAGGCUUGUCUCUAUAGGAUACCAAACUUGAGUGUUCAUUGUCAUCCUCAGGACACUCAGAUAUUUCCAUAAAGAUUUACCACUGCUGCUCAUUUUAAAAUAUGUGCUAUAUGAAAUACUGACAGAACACCUUUCAGUUGUGCCUGUUUCCUCAGAAUCCUUUUCUUGGGGUAUCUUUGAAUAAUUUUCUAAUUGCUGUUUUCUCUUAGAAUUCUCUUCAAAUAUCCCACAAUUCUCAUGUCCCCUAACAUUUGAUAUUGGAAAGAAGUUGCAGGCCUACAAUGCAAUUUGCCAGUUAAAAUCUGCCCAUGAUUUCCUGGUAGUUCUCCAUUUUUCUGGAUAAGGAGUACUGGGAGGGGAAGUUGUCCUUCUUUUUCUUUCUGAGCUCUUAGUGGAGUUGUCUGCACGAUGCCACAGCUGGCACUAAACAGUCCCAACGUGCAGGAACGGGGCCUCCUCCUGGAGGAGGGGCUGUCCCAUUAGAAGUCUCCAGUUAUAGAAGGAAAUUUUCUGCCUGUUUUCUUAAGGAGAAUUCCCAACUGCUCAUGAGUUUCAUUGACCAGCACUGAAAGAAAUGGUGUCAUUCCUCAGCUGUGUGAGAGGCAAUAAUCUUCAUCCAUGUUUUCCUGUUGCACUGCAUGCUAACCUCUGACUGCUUUUGGUUCAUUUUUCCUGACAGCUGAAGGCAUCUGCAGCCCACGGGCCAGUCAGUCCUUUUCUGUGCCUGCUGUGCCAUCUCUGUGCCCUCCAGAGGUAACUGGAGUUACCUCCCAGUCCCAGCUGUGCAGAAAUCAGGGUUCUUCGGGGGGACCCCGCUCAUUUCUUGGGUAGCUCAAGUGGCUGCAGUACCCACCACAGUUUUGCUUUUGAAUGUGCAGUUCCCCCUUUCUCCUGGACAGGGAUUCAACACUCAGCACUGUUGUCUGCAUCUCCAGAGUACAGACUAAAUACUGGGUAGGCUACACCUUCCCAGAACAGAUCCAGAAUUACCAGCAGAUGUGUAGGUUGGAGGAAGCUGGAAUUCUUCUCAUGUGUGAAUGUGCAACUUUUCUAAUUUAAGAAAGACUUAAACCUAUUAUGCAAUUUAUUUAGUUUGUUCAGAAACUCUGAUACAAAGGUCUGUAACAGAGGGUGCCUGUGACACAUAAUGGGUUUCAGUCACACUUUAAUAUAAAGGUCCAUUUUAAAUGCUUUAUAAGGAGUUGAUAAACCACAGACUUUUCAAGUAUAUUUUCAGAGGUGUGUAUCAGUUGUAGCAUAUGGAUAACAAGCAGCUCAUUCAGAAGAAGGUUUUGCAGGUUACCAAAAGUGACUUCAGGUAUUUUGGAUUUUAAAAACCUGAUUAACUCUUUGUUCUACAAAUGCAAUGGAAAUAUUGUCCCAGCUUUCUUUAGCAAUUAGUUGCUUCUCCCUAAGUCAAAGGUAACAUUAAGGGCAUCAGUGAAAGAAAGAUGCUGUACUUGAAAAGUUUUGUGUUGCUUAUUUCUUAAGAAGUCCAAAUAGGCCAAGUGAAGUCUCCAGAGCCAUCUUUUCUCUGGUGUGAGCAGAGUUCUGGGUCCAGAAGGACUGAGGAGACACUGGACAGGUGAGGCAGGGUCAGUGCUUGCACAGGGCACAGUCAGGGUCAGCUGCUUCUCGUGUGAUGAACGUGUAGAUAUCAAAAUGCACAGAUCUGACAAAAUACUGCCCUCCAGCUCUGCAAUUCUGCAAACACUUACACUGGUGCUCAACUUCACCCACCUGAUCAGUCUCCUGACAGCAAGGAGACUGCUGCUUUUCAGAAACGUCCAGAAGGGGUUAAGGGAAAGCGGGAAUGUUUUUGUCAAGGCCUGAGCCUUUAGCCAGUGUCUGUCCCCACAGGCUGCCUGAUGUUACUCUUCCAGCAGGAGCAUCAAUGAGGAUGUUGCCUGAGGAGCAGAGGGAAGCCUUAGGCCUCUUUGGGCUAAAUCUGCUGUCCCCUGAAAUCUGGGGACAGAAUCCUAUCAGUAGGGGGGCCUUAAAUCAGGUGCUUUAUUGACACGUAAAAUACUUGCAAGCUGGACAUGAAAGGGGAGUACAAGCUCAUAAGGGAGUCAGCUCUUCCUAACACUGGGAGAGUUUUGCACAGGUGAAAACCCAUAUGCUAAUAGAAACCACAAUAAUCUCAAAUGAACAUAGGUCCAGAGAAGCAGAAUAACUGAUGCUGACUGUAGAUUGCUGUUCAGCUUAGUGUAUUUGAAGUCUCUGUCAGUGUAUUUGUUUUAGGGAAUGGCAGCUUAGGAGGCUCACCAAACAUGUAUAGCAUAGGAGUGAAAUUAUUUCAGUAACAGACACUAGUAUCUAUUUUAAUUUGCAGAUGGAUUUCCAGUGUAUGUGACUAAAACACUGUAUUGUUAAAAAUGAGAGGACAAGAACACAAAGGUGUUUGUAAGUAUGUUCUAUUUGUAGACUUAAGGCUGUAUUAUGUUGGAAUUUUACAAGCCAAGUUUAAAUUGUAAUAUAGAAAUUAUUUUUAUAUUAUUUUCCAAAUAGGCUACAGAGCAAUAUUUUGCGCCUUUAUUAUAAACAGGGUCAUCAUUUUAAAGGUUCCUUUCAGAAAUGCUGGUAGAAAUUAACCAUGAAAAGAAAGCUUUGUAAAUGUAAUUGUUUCUAACUGCUCUGUCUGUUGUGCACAUCUAUAUCUAAUGUCAGUUGAAUAUACAAAUUUUUUUUAAUUGAAAAGCUUUAAAUUUUUCUUUAUAUAUUUUAGUACAACAUUGUUCCUCCCUAUUUAAUUCCAGUCCCUACCAAUAGCCACUUUUAUAAGCAGCUUCUGAAUAAACAUUCAUCUAGAAUUUCCUUACCAAAUGAAACGUUUCUGUGCAGAUAUUGAUUGCCAUGGGACAUUCAUAAUACACCCUGAACCCACUGGAGUAGGGUUAGUUUGCCUUUUUCUAAAAAAAAAAAAACCAGAAUCAGAGAUUUAUUAUUCCUUCAGGACAAAACCCAGGAAUUAAUAACUUGUGCAGUCAUUUAGCAUCUGUGGGAAGAAACUCACCCUAGACCACAGAAAUGUCAUCACUGAUUGGCAGAUACAUCCUGUCUUAAGAGAUCUCAAAUAUGCAUUCGCUUCUUGCAGGUUGAAGGGUUCAGGUUUUAUUUCUUCAUCGUUCUUUGUACUGUACAUUGAUGAACUGUGCAAAAAAAAGACAUCACAAACUAAUGCAUAUGCUAAAUUAGGAAUCUGUGCCGCUUUUAAAAUUCCCUAACUCUUGUGGUUUAGUUGGUUGGGAUUUGCUUGUUUAAGAAUUACUAUUAAGGUAUGAACUGCAACCAGAAUUUUCAGAUCUGGAUUCCUGCUGAUUGUGCAUCUGGGUUUGUGCUGGUAAAGAGGCCGGGUUUAGGAUGUACUGAGCAUCAGCUUCUGUGGGAAGAAAAGCUUGCUCUUGGUUUCAGAAAAUCAAGGGAGCAUUACUCCAACACAUAUUCAGGGCCUUUCUUUAUUAACAGUCGACUCUUCAGUCGAUGGAAUUUCCAUUUUCUUUUUCGUGAUCUUCCAUGUGUGAACAAAUUACUGGGCUUAUUCACAGAGUGAUUGUUUGAGUAUGGGGAGACUUGCCUUGUACCAAAACACCAUCUAAUUGUUUAACCGUUGCAUUCUUGCUGGGGUAGGUAGUGUAUUCCACUGGCUGGGGGGGGUUAAGACCUUAUUCUUCCCUUGGAUAUCAUUGUCACGUUGUUUUGUUUGGUUGGGAUUUUUCCUCUCACGUGAAUCUGCUGUUCUGACUGCUGUUUUACCUCCCAUUACCUGAAUGCAUGGACUGAAUUGAAAUGGCUGAUGCACAUUUGCACUGUGGAACAGGCAAUAUGGGUAAAAGCCACCAUGUUCCAAACAGCCUUAAAAUUAUGACUCUCUGGGGACUGAGAGUCACUUCACUGGAUGCAGCCUCUGUCCCACUUCUUUGUUCACCCAUGACUGUAGAGCACUCGAGCCUGCUGUGCUCUGUGUACACAUAUUUGUCUGAAUAACCUGUAAUCUUAACAUUUGCUUUUAAAAAACGUGACUCUGGUAAGUGUUAGUGUGUCAGGAAACUUUAAUGAAAACUGGAGAUGGAGUAAAAACAGAGAGAGUGGUAGCUUGUGGGGUAACCAGGGCACCAAAAUCCUAAAAAGAGGGAAAAUAGUUAAGAUGUAUCAAAAACUUUCCUGUCAAGACUGUAAGUUUUGUGGAUCUUCCUGUAUUCUGGAAAAUCAGAGAAAUUAAUCUCUGUUUCUAAUGUAGCCUCUUACUUUGUUGCAGAGGUUUGCUAUUGGGGAAGAAGGGAGAAAAGGAAGUUUUCUUCCCUUCUUAAACAAAGCAAAUUCUAAUGGUAAAAUCAUCUGAGACUGCAAAACACAUGAUCCAAUGUUGAAACUAAACAGUGCCUAAUUCCUGUGUGUUGUGUAGUUCAUCUGCAUUUUGCCCCUUUCGAAUCCCAUUUCUUUUUAAAAAAGGGGGCGGGGGAAAUGUAAAGAUUAGGGUUGUAUGUUAGUGACCCAGUUCUUCCCUUUCUCACAUGAAAAUGGAAUUGCACUUUCCUUCUUGGGCAAGCUGAGAGAUAAAAGCCACCUUUACAGGUAAAUUCCAUGCAACUGCUUUGCCACAGAAUCAGGUGAGAACCCCUGGGCACAGAGGCUUUGCCUGGCUGUGUGUGGAGCCUGCGAGCCACGGCCACACCAGCAGGUCUGGGGCGUUGCUGCCUCGAAAACAGGUGCAGUUCCCUGGUGUGUGACCAGUUCCUCUGCAGUGAAGAUGAAGUGCAACGCUGCCUCGCUGCCGUUUGCUGCCAGGUUCAGGUAACACAAAGCCUCUUUCCGUGCUUUCGGUUCACAUGUGCAGGAGAUGCAGCAGCGAGACCUGGCAUCUCCUGUGCAUGGGAUGGACAUCCAUGCCAGGGAUGAACCCAAACACAGCCACGUGGGCGGGACAGACGCGCUCUCAUCUCUCAGCUUUGCACAUUGUGGGCACUUUCGAUACGAACAGAAGUUCAGCAGUGGUUUUAUUGUUUAUUUGCUCAAUAUUCUGAGUACUGUAAAUACAGUCUUUGUAUAAAGUACAAAACUGCUUUUCCCUGGGAGCUCGGAGAGCUUUGCAUGCACGUGGUGCAGGGCUCUGCCUCUUCCCCAGGACCAAGGAGAACAAACAGGAUUUAAGCCUAGACUAAAUAAUGGAUAAAAUCAGCCACAGAGACUUAAGCAGCCAGAAGUUCCCAAGCAUAGUGCUGUGCUGUGGGCAGCUUUGACAGCUUUGUGUAAAACUCUACCCAGGGAUCUAGAUUAGGUUUGUGCUCUUUCCUGGGAAAGGAGCAAUUGCUCCUGUGUGUUUUCCAAGCCCAUUGCUCUGAGCCUGCUGGUUCCUUUUCAUCUGCAAUGUGCCAGGCUUAGCACAUUCAGCUAUGAAGCAGCUUUUCAAAUCUGCAUAGAGCUCUUGUUUUCUUUUGGAACCCAUCUGGAGUUUCCCUUUGCACUCCAUUUUGAGACAUAAAAUACUGUUAUGAACUUUUCAUAAUGCCUUGAAGUUGCCUCUUGUGGGGCUGGAAGACUUUUGUUCUCCUUGGAAGGCCUUGUUCUUCCUCAUUGUUUCUCGUGACUACCAUUUUUGUAUGAAGAGGUUGACUGAAACACUGAGCAUCUCAAUGCUGUUUACAUGUGCUUGUGCCACUUGGACACACUGUGUUGAUAAAGCCAGUGCCUCUCAGACACGGGCACAUCUUGAAGGGCAGUCUGAAGUAUUAGAUACAAAAGGUAUAUGGAGUUAAUUCAUCCUAACUUUACUAUUGGUGUUAUAUCAAAUGCCCCCAGUGUUUGUUUGUGCAUCUUUUUUGCUCUUGCUAACGUUUUUAUUUUCAUCUUGCAGUUUCUUUGACAAAUUCUAAAGCUCUUUGCCCCCAAAGCCUGUGGUAGAUUUUCCAAUAAAGAAGAUUUGGCUUUCUGAGUUCAGUUUGCAUUAGAGUGGCUUGUCUCCCCAAACAAGAAUUAAAGUAAGUCAGAUGUCCCACCCUUGGUCUAGAGUUCAUUUACUCAUUAACUGAGGAUCUCUGUUCAGUUAUAACCAAAGCUAAUUCUAUAGAGGUUAAAAUAUCAGAAUAGGUAAUGUGACUCUUUCUAAUAAGAACUGCUGGUAAAAUCAGCAUUUUUUAACCCACAGAAAUGUACAAUAAAGGUAUUUGUUCUUAAAGCCCAUAUUUCAAAGAAAUAUAGUAGUUGGCUGUCACUGGGGCUUAAGGAAAUGUUAAUAAGGAAUAUAGUAAGUCUGAUUGAUUUUUGCUGGCUAAGAAUUCAAAUUCUUGGUAGUCUUACUACCCUUCUCAUUUUUCAAAGUCUGAGUUUCUUGCUGUCUUCUAUAAAUUUACACUCUCUUAGCAAAGAUUGCUUUAGGAUUUCAAUAACCAAUAUUACAGAAAUCUAUUUAAAGCUGAAGUGACUUUUCAGGUUUCUUCUUUGACCAUUUUCAUGGAAAACGUUUAUCCUGUAUGAAAGGAGUGAAUUUCUCUUUCCCCAUUCCCUCCCUAUUCCUGAUUUCAGGACAUGAUUGGUUGCAGUCACUUUUGUCUGCAAACAGUUACCAUUUUUAAGCUAACUGCCAUCUCGUUUAAAUCCAUUGUUCAAAAGAAGCAGGAGCAUUAAUUAACGUUAAAUGGUAAUGAAUAUUUUUUGUUGUGAAAAGUGUGAGUUCUUGGGAACCUUUUCUACAUGCUGUUUUCAUUCAAAUUCAAUUUAAGUGUCAUUUUUAAUCUGAUCCAUAUUUUGACAAAGAUGAUGUGUAAGAGCUGUUUUUAGCAGUUGGAUUGUUACUUUGUAAAGUAUUAAAGCACUAAACUGAUUUUUGCAAUAGGUAGAAAAACUUGCUUUUGUUUUGAAAAACUUCCAGUAUAACUGUUGCACUUUUUAUAGCAGAACUGCAUUUACUUUCUUUCUUUUAUGAAAGAUUACUCAAAGUAACUGAUAGCUCUGUAAUCUGUGUGAUUUGCUUCUCCAUUAUUUGACAGUGAGAGAAGCUCUAAUGCCUAUUCAAUAAAAUGAAUUAUUUCUACAGUA